AUGAGGAACAUUGCCGCAAUAGUUGUCUGUGUAUUUUUGGGGACGGUGUAUGGCCAGAUUCCCAUCCCUAGUAAGCCACUAGGAUUUACUUAUGGAUUGGGGAAAACCUCUGCUCCUAUACAGCUUUCAGCUUAUUUAGGACCGCUGUGCCCCGACAGUCAAAAUGCCUGGCCAAAUCUCCUCAAAGUAGCAGAUUACUAUGGUGCAGACAGGGUCCGAUUUAUUACACAUCUGUUCCCGUUGCCUUACCAUAGAAACAGUUUCCUGGCUGCAAAGGGAGCACAGAUUGUUGAUGUAUUAAGCACAGGAAACUACACAUACCAUUGGAUUGGUGCCGUAUAUGAUAAUAUCGAAAAAUUUUCUAAUGACGUCACACAUGAUAAAACAGAAAAAGACGUGCAAGACUUGUUCGCAUCACUCGCGACCAACUUAAAACUUAGUGGACCCAAAUUCAACGAUAUGUACAAAGACUCUGCCAUAGAGGAAUCCACUCGCCUGGAUUGGAAGUACACCGCGACGAGAGGGGUAGCCUGGACUCCCGCCUUUAUGAUCAAUGACGUCAUGAUUCAAGCAGAACCAACAUGGACACUCGACGACUGGAAAAAAGUAAUCGACGGUCUUCUUGGAAGGCAACAGGAACAGGUGGUCUCUGACAUAUCAUCAACCUGUAAAGUAGGAACCAAGAGAUGUGAAUACCUGCCUGGGAAAAUUGAGUGUUGUACUAAAGGCGAGGCAUGCAUUCCAAAUGUUGGCUGUCGGUGUUAG